GUGUAUUCCACGUUGGCCCGGACGUGGCAGUCGCGGUAGUCCUGUGGGGUAAUCUAACCAGUUUACACUUUGCCUCAUCCGUGGCUAAUAUCAGUGCUAUUUUGCUAGGUUCAAACGUCCUCGGUUAGUUAUGGGUCUUACCAUCUCGUCCAUCUUCAGCCGACUUUUUGGCAAAAAACAGAUGAGGAUUUUGAUGGUGGGACUGGAUGCUGCAGGAAAAACGACUAUCUUGUACAAACUGAAGCUCGGAGAAAUUGUAACCACCAUCCCAACCAUCGGUUUCAAUGUGGAGACGGUAGAAUAUAAAAAUAUCAGUUUCACUGUAUGGGACGUAGGUGGCCAGGACAAGAUUAGACCCCUUUGGAGACAUUACUUCCAGAAUACACAGGGCCUCAUCUUUGUAGUGGACAGUAAUGACAGAGAAAGAGUGGCAGAGUCGGCAGAAGAGCUCUCAAAGAUGUUGCUGGAGGAUGAGUUGAAAGACGCUGUUUUGCUGGUGUUCGCUAACAAACAGGACCUUCCCAAUGCUUUAUCAGUCAGCGAACUCACAGACAAACUCGGUCUGCAUGCCCUCCGCAACAGAACUUGGCACAUUGAGUCCACCUGCGCCACCCAGGGCACUGGGCUGUAUGAAGGACUUGACUGGCUAUCCAAAGAGCUUUCCAAGAACUAACAAAAAACAGCUGGACAGAUGAGAGGGAGAGGGAGAGAGAGAGAGAGAGAGAGAGACUGAACACCACAGGACAGAAGGCACAGACAUUCAGUCCAGAAACAUCUGGUCUUCCAGCACCAGUGUUCACAGAACAGACAAGGCUGGUGGAAAAUAUAAUCAUCUUUGGGAAAUUUUUCUUUUGUUAUCAAUACUAUUAGUGUAUUAUCUCUUGACAUAUUCUAAGUUUUUCUCCUUUUGUUGCCAAACUCUUUCCUGGCAACAGGUUGUAAUUAGACAUUCAGUUGUAUAAUGAGCAAAUGGCCUAUUAGGAAAACUUAAUGGAAACAGUGAAUACAGUAAUGGCAGUUGUUUUUCCACUUGAUACAUCAGCUCCUGUCUAGGCAGUGUUUGCAGUAAUCAACCACUUGUAUAAUUGAUGGACUUAUUUAUAGCCAAUAUGGAGCCUGGGUUGGGGGAUCUAAUAAUAUAACCAUGUAGCUCUGAGGAAGCACAACUUGUAGGGUGUCACAAGCUGUUCAUCUCCACAACCCCUUGUGAAUAUUUGACUCAUUUGCAGACCUGACCUUUUGCUCUUCACUGCUACAUGCUCGACGUUAUGCCAGCUCAUUUCAGCAAAGGUCUGUAGGCCAUAAAAUGGAUGACGAUUGCAGUGUUUUCACAGAUAGAUUACAAUAGUUUUGUGGAACCAUGUGGCCUCCCACUAAAUGGGUUCAAAAAGGGGCAUAAUACCUUCUGCUCCUCUACACAAAUCUGAGUAAUCCUUAUCUCAUUCUUAGGUCAAGUUCCUCCCUAAGGUUGUUUUGUAAUAUUUUUGGUUAAGAAAGACCAAAUAAUGCAAUAAGACACUUCCUUUUGUGCUGCAAUGUACGUUGUAGAGCAGCAGAACCACACCAAUGUGAGCGCAGAUUGCAUCCUUGCAAGUUGGCUUCAUUGUCAACCAUUAUUUUAUUCAGCUUGAACAUUUUUGAAUAUGUCCCAACUCUUUUCCUUCCUUUUUUUUUUAACUACAAUUUCUUCUGUUGACCCUUAAUGUAAAUCUUCAACUUUAAAGAAGGAAGGAAGUGUUUUUUCAGUUCUGGCACAAGAGCAGUGUCAGUGCAGCACAAUUAAGUAGCAUGUUUUUUGUGUGUUUGUGUCCUUUUUGUGGCAGUGCAUAGUGCUGAGUUUGUUCAAAUAACAUACUGUAUUACAUUCUUAAUUAUUCUACCACUACAACACAAACAUACCUGCCCCAUCAGUUUACUGGGGUAUACAUUCCAACCUUUACUUGCAGAUAUUGGAGCAGCAACUCCUAAAAACGAUUCACUUGAUAUUUUGCAAAAGAAAGCACAGAAUAAAGUCAAUGU